UGUCCCGAAAUCAUGACUGACAGUAGCGAUUCCUCGUCUCCUUCGUCUCCUUCCUAUUAUGAUGACUACUUGGAUGAUCACCAAAAGGAUCUCCUGAACAUGUACCGACUCAAUCGUUCCAUCCAUGAUCCUUGGUACACGGUGUUUGUGAUAACAUAUGUGGUCGUGAUUGCCAUUGCUUUCGUGUCCAACAGCCUCGCUAUUUGGUCCGUGUUCCGCCGAAAAGAGAUUUGGACCCCAAGGAAUAUAUUCAUCCUGAAAUUAGCCUUGGCGGAUUUAUUUCUCUGUGUUACGAUGAGCUUCAGUGCCACCGACGUCUUAACUAAAUAUUGGCCUUUCGGCAAGAACAGUCUGACCUUGUGUCGAUGCGUGAAGGCCUCGCCUUGCUUUGUAGUUUACAUGGCUUCUAUAACCAUCGUGAUUAUUGCCAUGGAUCGUUAUCGUUGCAUCGUGCACCCAACCACGAGGCAACUCUCCACCACACAAGCCCUCUUAAUCCUUCCAUUUGUGGUGAUUGUGGCAUUGAUUAUGUCUUUGCCUGUCUACCUCCAUGCUCAUCUUCACGUGCCAAUGGUCCAGGCCGCAGCUUUCGAGCCCCAGGAAUCAUCUCCAGUUUCAGAGUCUGUAUAUGACUCGGAUUACGCCGAAGGGGAAGCCACUGAUCUGGACGGAAUUCCAUGGAACGAUAUCGCAUUCUGCAUCGAGGAUUGGGCAACCAAAGGCAACGCUUCCACUAAAAGCAUCCAAGCUCAGAACAAACGUCAUCACUACUCCAUUUUUUCACUUCUGUUCCAAUUCGUGAUCCCGUUCACUGUGAUCUCGUCACUCUAUCUUAUGAUCUACUUGUACUUGAGGAAGCAUCGAAUGGUCCGAAAGGAGAAGUCUGGUGAUCGAGAAAAAGCCCGACGAACAAACACGAUGCUCUUCAGAAUUUCCAUGGUUUUCUGCAUUUGCUGGCUUCCUCUGAACAUUCUAGGCCUCAUUAUCGACGCCACAAAUCUGUUCAAGAGUAACCACGAGCUAAUGCUUUGUGCCUUCAUCACUUGUCACUUGAUUGGCAUGUCAAGUGCGUGCAUCAAUCCAAUGUUGUACGGAUAUCGUUACGAAACAGUUCGCCACGAGCAGUUUAAGAUUUUGACGCAAAUGGUGGCCAAAUGCUGGAAGUUAAAGUCCUCCCUUCUUCCAAAGAUCAAACCAUCCGCUCAGCUCGAGUUGGAAAGUGUGGUUGUGAAAUGUGCAGAAAACAACAACGUCAGCUCACCCAUACACGGCAUACAAAUUGAAGCUGAAAAUGCCUCGGCCAGCCUCUCUCAUGAGUGUUAUGGAAGAGGCCGCACGGCCUCAACGGAUCAGACUACAACGCAAGGCUUACCAAGACACUCGUUCCAACGAGGAACUUCGGUUCUUGUGACGAGACUUUCGAACAGUGGAAGUCAUGUCUCAAUUUAAGAGGAACGAGCCCAAACCCUUUAUCGUGAAACCCUGGAAUUGUGAUACUCAACGUCCUCCUCCUCAAAAUGUGUGCACAAGUAAAUCUCCUGGCAGUGUUCCUUUGCGGAAACGAUAUUGGAAGAGAGAGCCCUAUUCCGACAUCAUUUCGACAGAGCAUGUUUGAUGAAGAGGAACAUUUGAUUCCUUCAUUGUUUGCGAGUCAAACGUGCUUUUAUGAAUGGAGUGACAAGUGGCUUUUGACCCUUUUAUCUUUGUUGUGAUAUACACGUAUUGGAAAUAUCCAAUCAAGUCUGUGAAGUUUGUCAGACUCUCAUGUGGUUACAAAAACAAAUCUCAGUGUUUAUUAUAUACCUUUAUUGUUACAUACCUAUAUUGUCAAAUAAAUAUGACGUACCCGUCUAAA